UCCUUCUUGCUGGGCUCCUGGGUCUUGUCAGCCUUGUUUGACCUCAUCCUUGUGGAAGCUGUGCAGUAUUCGUUUGGCAUCACUGUGGCCAGUAAUUUGCCUUCUGGAUUGUUUAUUUCGGAGUUCCUGAAGACAUGCCCAGCCUGCUGAGGCAGACAGGUGUACGUGUUUUGUCUGUUUUCCCCUUGAUAACAAACUGCAUUGGUUCUGUUAAGGAGAAGAACUGCCCACGGGUCAUCCUCUCAUGAUGAUGAAGAAGAGCUGGUACAUCUCAGAUGCUUCAGUGGCCAGUACAGUCCUUCUCCCAGGAGGCCCUUGAUAAGUAGACUUAGUGAUCCAACCAGGGGAGAUGUUUUCCCCAAGUUAUGCUGUGGCUCAAAAAUGGGUGUCUAGGAGUCACUGCCUAUCCCUGCUGGCAUCUGGAGUCCUGUUGCUAGAGCUCACAUCAGCUUCCUCAGGAUCAUUAUUCCUGAAAACCUGUCAGAAUGGGAUCCCGGGCACCACCAACACUCUUGCAACUGGCACUAGAGAGGCUGCUGAGGGAGGAGGCCUUGGUCAUCUCUGCUCUGGAGGACCUGCCCGUGGGGAUGUUCCCGGAGAUGUUUAAGAAAGCCUUCAAUGACAGACUUUCAAACAUCCUGAGGGCCAUGGUGCCUGCCUGGCCUUUCCCAUGCCUUCCUGCAGGAGGCCUGAUUUACAACCCCCACCUGGAGACUCUGAAAGGACUGCUUGAUGGACUAGAUGUGCUGAUUACAGAGAAGGUUCAUCCCAGGUCAAAACUCAGAGUGCUUGAUUUGAUAAACGUGAACCUAGACUUCUGGAGCCUUAAUGCUGGAAGCCAUAAAAGUGGCUGCUCCCCACAAUCCAUGAGGCAGCCGCAGUCAGUGGAGAUGUGUCCUAAUUCUGUGCAGAAGAAGCCUUUCACAGUAGUAACUGAACUUGAAAUCACGAAAGCCAGUUUCACUGAAUGUGACAUAUACUUGUUGCAGUGGGCCAAGCGGCAAAAAGCUUCUGUUCAUCUGUGCUGUAGAAAGCUGCAUAUUUGGGAUGCACCUGUCUUCACUGCCACACAGCUCUUCAACAUGGUGGAUGUAGGCUGUAUCCAGGAGCUGCGGUUGAGUCAGUGGUGUCUUCAGUACAUGGCACACAUUUUUCCUUACCUGGGGCAGAUGAGACAUCUCCGCACUCUCAUCCUAGAAAUAAUCCGGCAGCUUUUCACGUCUGACGCUGCUGCAGAGCCGGAAUGGAUAAGCCUGUUGCUUUCUCAGUUCUCCAAACUCCCCUGCCUGCAGAAUCUCUGUGUAAAUGACGUCUACUUUUUAACAGGCUGCCUUGAAGAGUGGCUCAGGUGCCUGAACAACCCCUUGGUGACCCUGUCAAUCACUUACUGCCGUCUCUCACAGUCAGACCUGCGUUACCUGAGCCAGUGCCUGGUCAUCUGUGAGCUCAAACAUCUGAACCUGAGUGGUGUAGAGCUAUCAAAUUCAUGCCCUAAGCUUCUUGGGGUUCUGCUUGAGAGACUCAAAAGUACCCUUCAAACCCUGGAAUUGGAGCAGUGCAACUUGAAGGACCCUCAUUUCAAUGCCAUCUUGCCUGCUCUGACCCAAUGCUCCCAGCUUACCAAGAUCAAUUUCUAUCGUAAUGAUAUCUCUCUGCUUGUCCUGAAGAACCUUCUACAUCACACAGCCAAGAUGAGAAGGCUGACCCAGGAGCUGUAUCCCGCCCCUCUGGAAUGCUAUGACUACUUUACAAUACUUAGAGACAAAUUUAUACAACUAUGUCCUGAACUGCUGGAUAUACUCAGGGUAGAAAGGCAGCCCAGGAAAGUCUCCUUUGCUACAAGAGCAUGUUUUGUCUGUUUUAAGUCCUGUUUCUACGACCAUAAGGCCAGACUUUGCCUUUGUUCAUAUGCAGGAUAAGGUUGCUUCUGAGAAUGCAAGCCUAGUGUGGGGAGUGUAUAUACACUGUGUACAUCUUGGAUUGCAUAUAAUAAAUGUGUUGAGUUUGGAAAAAAAAAAGGGUGUCUAAUGCUUUUAGACAGAUGUCAUGGUAAAGACAUCAAAUGAGAGCAGUCGACAGAAAGAGAUUGGUCAUCAGGCUCACCUCAAGGGGGCGACGGUGUUCACCAGGCUCACCUCAAGGGGGCAACGGUGUUCAUCAGGCUCACCACAAGGGGGCAACGGUGUUCACCAGGUUCACCUCAAGGGGGCGACGGUGUUCACCAGGCUCACCUCCAAGGGGGUGACAGUGUUGGGGGAUGGUUAGAUGGUCAUUAUGCUUUCCUCAAAGGGUGACAGUGUUUAUCAGGUUUUCUUAAAGGGGUGUUAGUGUUGGUUGUUUCCAGAGAAGUUGUUUGUAACUCAUUUCAUGUAAGAGUCGUCAGGCAGUUAGCUAGAUGUGGAACAGUUUCCAAGUCCUCAUUUUCAUGUUCGUCUCCUUUUUGGUGAUGGAUGCUGUCACAGCUAUCUGAUAGGACACUAUGCUUUUACAGAUGAUUGGUGACACUUGAACUUUUGACCUUUAACCUGAUUGGAAAUAUUGUUAAAAUUGAAAUUUUUUUGAAUAAAUGAAGAAAUAAAAUAGUAAAGAAUA